AUCACAAAGCACUGGAUGGGGAUCUAUUUUCUGCUGUUAACUGCAGGGCUCUGCUGGGGGCAGUACAACCCCAACACUCUCCCAAAGAGAACAUCUAUUGUGCAUCUCUUUGAAUGGCGCUGGCAGGAUAUUGCUCAGGAGUGUGAACGCUACUUAGCUCCUAAUGGAUUUGGAGGUGUUCAGAUUUCACCUCCAAAUGAAAAUGUUAUCAUUACUGACCCCCAGCAACCAUGGUGGGAAAGAUACCAGCCUGUCAGCUACAAGCUGUGCACAAGAUCUGGAAAUGAAACUGAAUUUAGAGACAUGGUGACCAGGUGCAACAAUGUUGGAGUGCACAUUUAUGUGGAUGCAGUAAUCAACCAUAUGUGUGGAGCUAAUGCUGGGGCUGGUGACCACGCUACUUGUGGAAGCGAUUUCAAUGCAAAGACCGAAGACUUCCCAGCUGUGCCCUAUUCUGCCUGGGACUUUAAUGAUCAUAAAUGUAAAUCUAGAAGUGGAAACAUUGAGAAUUAUCAUGAUAUAUCUCAGGUGCGGGACUGCCGCCUGCUCAGCCUGCUGGACCUGGCCCUGGGGAAGGACUACGUGCGCUCCAGGAUUGCCGAGUACCUGAACCAUCUCAUUGCCAUCGGCGUAGCAGGGUUCCGGAUCGACGCUGCCAAGCACAUGUGGCCUGCGGAUGUCAAGGCGAUUUUAGACAAGCUGAAAGAUCUAAAUACUCAAUGGUUUCCUGCAGGAACUAAACCUUUUGUUUACCAGGAGGUAAUUGACUUGGGUGGAGAGCCCAUCCAAAGCAGCGAAUACUUUGGAAAUGGCCGAGUGACAGAAUUCAAAUACGGUGCCAAGCUGGGGACAGUGAUCCGCAAGUGGAACGGAGAAAAGAUGGCCUACCUAAAGAACUGGGGAGAAGGCUGGGGCUUUAUGCCUUCCGACAGAGCCCUGGUCUUUGUGGAUAACCACGACAACCAGAGAGGACACGGGGCUGGUGGAGCUUCUAUUCUCACCUUCUGGGAUGCCAGGCUCUAUAAAAUGGCGUCUGGUUUCAUGCUUGCCCACCCGUACGGGUUCACACGUGUGAUGUCAAGUUUCCGCUGGCCAAGAUAUUUUGAAAAUGGAAAGGAUAUCAACGACUGGGUUGGGCCCCCAAGUAACGCGGAUGGCUCCACAAAGCCUGUUACAAUCAACGAGGACACGACCUGCGGCAACGACUGGGUUUGUGAACAUCGCUGGCGUCAGAUCAGGAACAUGGUUAUCUUCCGUAACGUGGUGGAUGGUGAGCCUUUCUCCAACUGGUGGGACAAUGGCAGCAAUCAAGUGGCUUUUGGCCGUGGUAAUAAAGGCUUCAUCAUCUUCAAUAAUGAUGACUGGUCAUUGAAUGUAUCUCUGCAGACUGGUCUGCCUGCUGGCACUUACUGUGAUGUCAUAUCUGGGCAAAAGGAAGGUGACUUCUGUACAGCAGUUGAAGUUCGUGUUGCUGCUGAUGGCAAGGCUAAUUUCCUGAUUGGGAAUGAAGAUGAAGACCCAUUCAUUGCCAUUCAUGUUGAUGCUAAAUUGUAACCAGAUGCGUUGUGCAUGUGCUCUUCCUUCUCCUCUGUAUCUUUGUUAACAGCAGACAGAUGUGCCGAAUGUCCUGGCUCUCCGCACUGCAUGAGCCGAGACUGAGCAAAGUGUGUUAGCUGUAAUACUAAUGAAAUAGUGAACAGCUGCUGUACAGAGAAGGGAACUGGUGGUGCCACUGGGGGUGGUGCUAUAUAUCUGUGCAUUUGUAAGUGCACUUUAUUCAGUUAAGGUACUAAUAAAAAAGGAAGGAGAAGAUUGACAUUAUUAAAUUUGAAAUUGUGCUGUUCUGUG